AUGAAUUAAUUACCUCUUGAUAGAGUAAAAUAAUUAGAGAGUAACUCUGGUCUGAAUUCUCCUUUAAGUUUGACUUUCAGAUUGUCAAAUGCGAUAAGAUAUCAUGGUCGACAAACAAAAAGAUAAAAAUCAAGAAGUUAAUAAAAACCUUUUGUUUUACAAUAGAAAACAAUAAGAGGUCCAUUUAGAAGGAAAAGUUGUUACUGCGAUGAAUGUGGGUAAUUAGGGACAUUUUAAUAUAAAUGUAUGAAUAUUAAAGGACCAAAACCAUAUAGAAAAGCAAUUCUUACAAGAAGAGCAUCUAAUUAACAUAUGUAUUAUAUUAUAUUUGAUUGAUUAGAUAAUCAGCUUAACCUAAAUCUGUGUAACGUAUCAAGCAAGCAUUAAAAAAAAUGAAAACUUAUGAUGAAAGUAAAAUUAGUGCAAUUCAAGAUAGUAAUAAAAACUCUUAGAAUUUAUAAGUUAUAUAAGAAUAAAUGACAAAAUUGCAUUCUUAUUUCUCAAGACAAUAAAAAUAAUAAAUAAAAGUGUAUUAAUUAGCUUAGUAUACCCCAAAUUGUUCUCCAAAGCAUUCAAAAACUCCAAGAAAUUUACCUUAUUUAUCUCCUUAUGUGACCCUUAGAAAAAUAGAUUCAUAAUUGUUAAAACCAUUAAAGCCUGCUCAAUUAAUUUAAUAGAGAUCGUAACUAUUGGCUUUGCAUAGAACAAAGUAUCAUUAGAAAACAUUAUCAACUGUUAGUCAAUUUUGA